GGCUAAACACGCUGACAAACUAAAUAAGUAAUGGCCACUUACCUGUUGCAAUGAGGACUUAAUUCCAGCAGCCAUAACACAAAGAACUUCGUGUAGUAUGGGUUUCCAGAAGGCACAGCCUGUUUCUUCCUCUCUAGACCAUCACCAGUAGAAUCUCUUCCCCCCCCCACCAUCACUACUUUCCCCAUCUUCACAUUAUCUGCCCAGCAGUCUUUUGAAAAAUGGCCACCAUGCCUCCGCAGCAGAGUCUGAACUCGGCUUAUGUUAAGGUUGAUCCAGAGGACAGUAGGCCAUCUGAGGAAGAGGAGACUGAGGACCAGAGUCCUUCUGCUUCCCUCCUGCCCAAGUGUUCUGCACCUCUGGCUGUACGCUAUAGUCCAGAGGACUCCUACUGCUUUGUUUACAUAAUCUUCUUUUUGAUGGGUAUCGGGUCUCUGCUGCCCUGGAACUUCUUUGUAACGGCCAAACACUACUGGCUGUACAAACUGAGUAACUGCACUCAUCACACCUGCUACGAGGAGCAAAGUUCAGACCUCAGGAAUUACUUUGAAAGCUACCUGACCAUUGCAUCCACGGUGCCAUCUGUGCUUUGUAUGAUACUCAACUACAUCCUCGUUAACAGGUUGUCCCCAAAAGUGCGGAUCCUGUCCUCUCUGUUUAUCAUCCUGCUGGUGUUUGUGAUAACUACGGUGCUGGUGAAGGUGGACACAUCAAACUACACUGUGCCAUUUUUUGCUGUCACACUUGUUAGCGUAGCCAUCGUCACCGGAGCCUCUAAUGUCUUCUGCGGUAGUAUGUUUGGCAUCAGCGGACAUUUCCCCAUGAGGAUCUCUCAGGCCAUUAUAUCAGGUCAGGCCAUGGGUGGUACAGUGAGUGCACUGGUGUCCAUCAUAGACCUGGCUGCAGCGAAGGAUGUGACAGAGAGCGCGCUGGCUUAUUUCCUUACAGCCAUCAUCUUCAUCUUGCUCUGCAUUGUGAUGUACCUGCUGCUGCCCCAGCUCCCUUAUUCACGACACUACAUGCUGCUACCAUCACUCACCACUUCAGCAGCAACAACUGAAGAGGACGAACCAGUGACCACCAGAAGCAACGUCUCUGUUCCACCGCUGUGGCCUAUCUUGAAAAAGACAUGGGUGCUUGGCCUGUGUGUCUUCUACGUAUUCUGCAUCUCGAUCGCAGUGUUCCCUGGCAUGUCCUCGGGCAUCGUGUCUGUCAACGAAGACACCAACAGCUUGUGGACCACAACCUACUUUGUGCCAAUCACCUGCUUCUUUUUGUACAAUGUGGGAGACUUCUGCGGCAGGUUGUCCACGGCCUGGUUACAGGUUCCUGGCCCCACCAGUAGAGUCCUGCCCAUACUGGUGCUGUGCCGCACCACUUUAGUCCCACUUUUUAUGUUCUGUAACUACCAGCCAAGGAACCACCUUCAGACCGUGCUGUUCAACGAUGAUGUGUAUCCCAUGGUCUUUAACUGUCUGCUCGGCCUCUCAAACGGCUACCUUGGGAGCUUACCCAUGAUCUACGGCCCCAAAGUGGUGCCACGGGAGUUGACUGAGGCUACUGGUGUUGUCAUGACAUUCUUCCUCACACUGGGGCUGACUGUGGGCUCUGCUUUCUCUGUGCUGAUUGUGCGCGCCAUCUGACCAGGCAAUAAACUGCUCAGAUACAGUAGUAUUGUUGAGUCAUACAACCCUGUUGACCAGUACAAAAAAAACUUGAAUCACUUAAUGCACUUGGUGACCAGAAAACUGGUAUUCUAAGGGAAAUGUGUAUCUAUAAGUGGACUCUUUACUUGGACUCAUUUACAAGUGGUCACAUGAAUUGCUUCAGAAAGUGCAGUACAGCCAAUAAGGGAUACAAGUGUUUUAUAUUUCAAUAUGUAAAACAUUUUUACACUAUUUUAGGUUCUCUGUGCUAAAUAUAUGUUGACUUUUUUAUAUUAAAGGAGCAUUACA